GAUUCAGGGGAGCAGUCUUUUGAAGCCUACCGUACGAGUGAUACGCACUGUCUGCAAAAAUGGCGCCGAAAUACAAAGUCACUUACUUUAAUGUGAUGGCUCUUGGCGAACCCAUUCGCUACAUCCUUUCUCACGCAGGAAAGGAAUUUGAAGAUGUUCGCGUUGAGAAAGAGCAGUGGGCAACGCUUAAAAAAGAUGCACCAUUCGGAAAGAUGCCCACUUUAGAAGUUGAUGGCAAAACGGCACACCAGUCCAUAUCGAUCUGCCGUUUUCUUGCCAGGGAGUUCGGAUUAGCAGGAGAAAAUAACUGGGAAAGUCUCCAAAUCGACGGCGUCGUUGAUACGAUCGUCGACUUGCGCAUUGCUAUUGCAGAUACGAUGCACGCUGACGAAGCUACUAAAGCACAGAAGAAGGAAAAACUUAUAAAUGAAACCCUGCCGUUUUACCUCUCACGACUGGACGAGCAAGUACAAAUAAAUGGAGGAUAUUUUGUGAAUAAUAAGCUAUCUUGGGCAGAUCUUCAUUUCGCAGCAACAGCCGAGCUAUUUAAGGGUGGUUUGCAGGCUGAUUACAUAGCUCAGGCAUUAGUCGUUCAACUGACACCAACAAGUUUCAAUUCGUUUGCAAGGAUGGCGCCGAAAUAUAAAGUUACUUACUUCAAUUUGAUGGCUCUUGGGGAACCCAUUCGCUACAUUCUUUCUCAAGGAGGGGUGGAAUUUGAAGAUAAUCGCAUUGAGAAAGAGGAAUGGCCAACGCACAAGAAAGAUACACCUUAUGGACAAAUGCCCGUUUUAGAAGUCGAAGGCAAGAAAGCACAUCAAUCCACAUCCAUUUGCCGUUAUCUUGGAAAGGAGUUUGGAUUGGCAGGAGAAAAUAAUUGGGAAAGCCUACAAAUAGAUGCCACCGCAGACACGCUAGUCGACUUGCGUAUAGCUAUUAAAGAUGCUCUGCGGGCCGACGAAGCGACUAAAGUACAGAAAAAAGAAAAGCUCAUGAAAGAAACUAUACCGUUUUAUCUGACACGACUAGAUAAGCAAGUUGAAGAGAAUGGAGGUUAUUUUGUCAACAAAAAGCUUUCUUGGGCAGAUCUAUAUUUUGCAGCAUUUGCUGAAGUAUGCAUUGGCAUACUAGAGACAGAUUUCGUCGCUGAUUACCCUAAUCUGAAAUAUUUGGUGGAUAAAGUAUGGAAUCUACCUAACAUCAAAACUUGGAGAGCUAAACGACCAAAGACUUCUAAAUAAAUGAAUUUUUAAUAAAUGAAUA